AUGGCUGCAUCAUUACACUCCGCCUCCCGGCGCUCAGUCGCUACAAUUGCCUCCACGGCCCUCAGAGCACCAGCCCGUCAAACCAUCGCGGUCACAUCAGCUCUCCAGCGCGGAGCUCUCUCCGCAGCCAACCGAGGCCUCAGCUCGACCUCGCAAAGCCGCCGUUCGCUCGUGCCAUGCCAGUCAAGAUCGCACAUUGCACCUAGUCUCCGCCAGCAAGUCCGAUGGAACAGCCACGAACCCAGCUCUGUCUUCCGGGAAUGGGGGUUUGAAGACAUCAACGCCUCCCUCCCAUCAUCAACCCCCUCCCCCUCCCACACCCCCGUAAUCCUAAUCGACGUCCGUGAACCCGCCGAACUCACCGGCACCGGCAUCAUCCCCACCGCAAUCAACAUCCCGCUCGCCUCCCAACCAGACGCACUCUACCUAACCGCCGACGAAUUCGAGACCCGCUUCGGGUUCCCGAAGCCGAGUGCUGAUGGCGAGCAGCAGAUUGUGUUUUAUUGUAAGGCUGGUGUGCGGGCGCGUGCAGCGGCGCAGUUGGCUGUUCAGGCUGGGUAUAAUGCGGAGCAGUUGGGUGUUUAUGAUGGGAGUUGGUUGGAUUGGGAGAGGCAGGGGGGUAAGACUGAGCGGUGGGAGGGGGGAUGA